GUAAUUUUAUAUAGUAGCGGUUUAACUUUUAUCUUUUAUUUAUUAAUGGAUGUUCUUCUGAAAAAUAAUUUUUAUGCACUUAAAUAAAAAAAAAAGUACCUUUAAUUUAAUCUAGCAUCUCCAGUUUGAACAUACAUGCUAUCCUUUGGUAUUUAUAUUUUUAUUCAUCGCUGCUGCAGUUACAGCCGAUGUAAAUAAACAGAACGUGACUAUUUUACAUGGAUAUUUAUAUGGAAGAUAUAAGUGAUGAAGAAGUGGAAUCAUUAUCUGAAAUAUCUGUAGAUGGUGUUUCAGACUUAUCAGAUGGUGAACCUCUUGAACCGAAUAGAGAAGAUGCUGACGACAAUGACAAUGAAGAAAAUAGUUCUGCUGAGGAAGGUGCCAGUAGUAGAGUAUUGCGGGUUCGAAGACGGGCCAGCUAUCGAGAAAUGCUAGAACAGUUAAAUAGCACAGACAAUGAUGAAGAUAAUGUUGAAACUCCUAAAGCUUUGACACCGGAGAGAACUUCUCAUGCUGAGGAGUCCAAAAGUAAACCUUCACCUUCUCCCAAGGGAGGGUUUGAUGAUGAUGGUCAGACUUGCACCAUUUGUUUUGAACAAUGGACCAGCUCAAGUGAGCAUCGUUUAGUUUCUCUUAGAUGUGGUCAUUUAUUUGGUCGCAGUUGUAUAACAAGAUGGCUAAAGGGGCAAAAUGCCAGAUGUCCACAAUGUAAUGCUAGAGCAAGAAAAUCUGAAAUUCGUAACAUUUAUGCACGAGCUGUGAAGGUAAUAGACUCAAGUGAGAGAGACCGAGCUCUGCAAGAUCUGCAGAAGGAGCAGGAACUGAGGAGAAAAUUUGAAAUGGAAGCUACACAGGAACGGCUAAAGUAUACGUUAGCCUCUAAAGAAUGUGAAAGGUUAAAGAAGGAAUUGAUGAGUGCCAAUAAAUUACUACAAGAAUAUAGGUGUGGUAUAAAAGGCAGUGAAAGCUCACAGGCUUCCAAAUCCAAGGUUCCUAUUUAUUCUUUGGAAAAAUGUUUAGAUAUUGCCAAAAAUGGUGGAUGUCGAAUAGUUGAUGUGUGUGAGCUUCUAGGAAUGCUUCUAAUUUCUCAACCUUCUGUAAAUGAACUAUUUCCUGGUUAUGGGUUUCGAAAAAUAUCAACAUUAGAUAUGAAGCCAUCAGAAUUUGUUUGGGUCCAUCAGAAGCCAAUCAAGGAUAUGGCAUUUCAUGUCAACGAUGGCCUUGUUCUGACUGCAUCAUUAGACAAAUCUGUUAAGAUUACAAAUGUUUUGUCAAACACAGUAGUUCAAACGUAUUCAGUUGAAUCUGAUGUUUGGAGUUGCAAAUGGGAUGCAGAUGAUCCACUGUACUUUUUUGCUGGUCUCAAAUCUGGUGCCACUUUUCUUUUUGAUAUUCGUAUGACUAGCAGCCAUGUCCGUGAAUUACCAGCUUUCGGCAGUAAAACUCCAGUUGUUUCUGUAGAAUACCUUCGCAAUGCAACAUCUGCUAGUUACAGAACGUCUGGUCCGAUUGUUGGGAAGCUCUCCGAUUGUGCAUUUUAUGAAAAAUUGAACAGUGUUGGGGAAUAUAAAGUUGCUCCUUUGCCUGCAUUAGGUCCCUGUAAUUCUUUGAGUUCAGAACCAGCUUCUGGUCAUUUUUUAGUCUCCUGUCGGCCUACUCCAAAGCAGCCUCGGGUCUCUCAUACAUUAUGUGAAUUUGUAACCGAGACUUCUGGAGGACUUAUUUGUAAUCCCAUUCAGACGAUUUUUGGAGGUAGAACUCAAGCUCAACUUACAAAGUCAAAGCUCCUGUUGCAUCCUGAUAAGGAAAGCUCUUUGCUUAUUUGUGCUGGUGAUGAAGAAGCCAAUGGUGCUCUUAUAUGGGAUGGUUGUUCUGGAAACUGUCUGUCUCAUUUGAAAACGGAUUCGCCUGUUUUAGACUUAGCUGGCAUGAAGAUCAACCACAAAUCAUUUCUGACGGCUCUCACAGACAAAUCUUUGAGGGUGUAUAGCUGGAUGGGUGAAGAAUAAUUUGUGUUACAACAUUCUAGACAUAUGUGAUAAUUACAGUGCUCAUCGUACUCCAGUCCAUUUGAAUUAUGUUGCAUAGCACAAAACAUCCAAUGUUCUAUCAUUUUAUCUUCCAAUGUAAUUAUAGAGUAGAUUUUAAUUUUUAUAUGCAUUUGUAAAUAUGUAUCUAAAGCUAUUUAAAUAAAUGU